UUGCGCACCCGUGAUUUGACGCAACGGAAACUCAGCCUACCUGUUGAGUGUAGGUGCACACGCACUGAACCAAACUCGCCGUCUCUUUCAUUACAAAGACACACACACACACACACAGCAGCACUGAUUUCGAGAGAAAGAGCGGAACGCGCUGCCGGGGAGCGCUGAACCUCCCAGGCAGCCCUGAAAGAGUUAAACGGUCUUCUCAUGUACGGAGCGGCUGGUUCUAGGUUAGUUCGGCUGUUGCGGUGCAGAGCUCGUGGACGCGGCGGCGGCGUAUACAGCAGCGCAACAAACCCGGCCAACUUCCCGGCAAAGCUGUCACUUCAACACGACACACCAGCCAUGUCGGAGCGAAGGUGGAUCUCUGGAUUUGACAACGCUCAGUCUUACUACUCCUGAGUGCGCGCCUGUGUGUGCGCGUGUGUGUGUGUGUGUGUGUGUGCGUGUGUGUGUGCGUGUGUGUGUGUAUGUAUGUGUAUGUGUGUGUGAGAGAGAGAGGGCUGCUUUUCUGGUUGUGUGGAUAUCGCCUCCAUGGACGGGCAACGGGGCUUUUACGAGAUGAUGGAGAGCCCGACGGAGAACCCCAGCAAGGCGGCGGAGUAUCUAAAGGAGCUGAAUAAGAUCAUCGAGACGCAGCAGGGGCUGCUGGAGAAGCAAAGGGUCCGGAUUGACGAGCUGGAGCUCCAGGUGACGGAUCUUUGCAAGGAAAACGCAUGCCUGAAAGAUCAGCACCAGCGGCACCUGGCCACCUGCAGACUCCAGCAGAGCAGCCUCCCCACCCUGGGAGCCAUCAAGGAGAAUAUCAUGCAGGAAAAACGACACGCCUCAUUGCCAGUAGAUGUCUCAGAGAUCCCUCUAAACCUUAUUGCCCCUGUGUGUAGAAGAAGUUACCCCUGUCGCAAAUGGAAGUCUGCAUCUUUUGGACCAGACACGGAGGAUCCCAGCCCGGCCAUGACUCACAGACGACACCAUCACUUUGUGGAAGGUGAUGCUCCAGGCAUCGAAGUGGGCGCCUCUGUGGACCCCAGCAGCGGCUACAGUUGCGUUCCAGUGACCCACAGUGGCGGGCUCGGCCCCGACCACCUGGACAGCCAGCUCUACGGACACAUCUUCCUGCCAGGCCACCAGCGGCCCCGCCGACCCAAGCUCCAGCACUCUCAGUCCAUCCUCCGCAAGCAGGCCGAGGAGGAGGCCAUCAAACGCUCCCGCUCGCUCUCUGAGAGCUAUGAGCUCUCAUCAGACCUACAGGACAAGCAGGUUGAGAUGCUAGAGCGUAAAUAUGGUGGGCGUUUCAUAACCCGGCAUGCAGCCCGCACCAUCCAGACAGCCUUCCGCCAGUACCAGAUGAACAAGAACUUUGAGCGUCUUAGGAGUUCUAUGUCUGAGAACCGUAUGUCCAGACGGAUCGUCCUAUCCAAUAUGAGAAUGCAGUUUUCCUUCGAAGGACCUGAAAAAGUCCACAGCUCCUACUUCGAGGGAAAGCAGGUCUCGCUUACAGAUGACGGCGCCAAGAUUGGUGCACUGAUGCAGUCAGAGCACGGGGGAGAGAUGGGCAUGCAGGCCAAGACGCCCACAGCACAGAGCGACUUUACAGACGCUAUCACUGAACUAGAAGAUGCCUUCUCGAGGCAGGUCAAAUCUCUGGCUGAGUCCAUAGAUGAUGCUCUAAACUGUCGCAGUAUGCAUGGUGAUGAAAACCAGUUGGAGCAAGGUAGAAGCCUCCAGGAUAUGGACAGGGAGGUCAGCUGCCAGGUGAAACCCUCCCACAGUGCGGCAGAACAUCGCAAACUGGACGAGAUGACGGCGUCUUACAGCGAUGUCACUCUUUACAUCGAUGAAGAAGAACUGUCUCCUCCUCUGCCCCUGUCUCAAUCUGUAGACCGGCCAUCCAGCACGGAAUCAGACUUGCGCCAGCGUUCCCUCAACUCCUCCCAGGACUACUGGUCCCUGGCUCAUAAGGAUGAGAAAGGGGACACGGACACCAGCUGCCGCAGUACACCCUCGCUGGAGUGCCAAGAGCAGCGUUUACGGGUAGACCACCUACCCCUUCUCACCAUUGAGCCUCCGAGCGACAGCUCAGUGGAGCUGAGUGAUCGUUCCGACCGCAGCUCUUUGAAGAGACAGAACGCCUACGAGCGGAGCCUCAGCAACCAACAGAGUAGUCCCAAACACAUCAGCCAUGGCCUGCCACCCAGAGGACCUUCCAGGGAGGAGGACGCAGGCCGCCAUCGACCACGUCAACUGGAGGCCCACCUGGCCAUCAACGGCACUGCGAACCGGCAAAGCAAGUCAGAGUCGGACUUCUCCGACGGUGACAACGACAGCAUCAACAGCACAUCCAACUCCAACGACACCAUCAACUGCAGCUCUGAGUCCUCGUCCAGAGACAGCCUGAGGGAGCAGACACUCAGCAAGCAGACGUACCACAAAGAGACUCGCAACAGCUGGGAUUCACCUGCAUUCAGCAACGACAUCAUCCGCAAGAGGCACUACCGCAUCGGUCUCAACCUCUUCAACAAGAAACCAGAAAAAGGCAUCCAAUAUCUGAUAGAGCGAAACUUUGUUCCAGACACUCCAGUGGGUGUGGCACACUUCCUGCUUCAGAGGAAAGGCUUGAGUAGGCAGAUGAUUGGAGAGUUCCUGGGUAACAGGCAGAAACAGUUCAACCGGGAUGUCCUCGACUGUGUGGUCGAUGAAAUGGACUUUUCAAGUAUGGAGCUUGACGAAGCACUCAGGAAGUUUCAAGCACACAUAAGAGUUCAGGGAGAAGCUCAGAAGGUUGAACGGUUGAUCGAGGCCUACAGCCAACGCUACUGCAUCUGCAACCCUGGUGUGGUGCGACAGUUCAGGAACCCUGACACCAUCUUCAUCCUGGCCUUCGCCAUCAUCCUUCUGAACACGGACAUGUACAGUCCCAACGUCAAGCCUGAGAGGAAGAUGAAGUUGGAGGACUUUGUUAAGAACCUUCGAGGAGUGGAUGAUGGGGAAGACAUCCCCCGAGAGAUGUUGGUCGGGAUAUAUGAGAGGAUUCGCAAGCGGGAGCUCAAGACUAAUGAAGACCAUGUGUCCCAGGUUCAGAAAGUGGAAAAACUCAUUGUUGGAAAAAAGCCGAUUGGCUCGUUACACCACGGUCUGGGAUGUGUAUUGUCCCUCCCCCAUCGGAGACUCGUAUGUUACUGCAGACUCUUUGAAGUGCCCGACCCCAACAAACCACAGAAGUUGGGCCUGCACCAAAGAGAGAUCUUCCUCUUCAACGACCUGCUUGUGGUUACUAAAAUUUUCCAAAAGAAGAAGAACUCUGUGACAUACAGCUUUCGUCAAUCCUUCUCCCUCUAUGGAAUGCAAGUGCUUCUCUUUGAGAAUCAGUAUUAUCCCAAUGGAGUCCGUCUGACCUCGGCCAUUCCUGGAGCUGACAUCAAAGUCCUCAUCAACUUCAAUGCACCCAAUCCUCAGGACCGCAAGAAGUUCACCGACGACUUGCGAGAGUCUAUUGCUGAAGUCCAAGAAAUGGAGAAGUACAGGAUAGAAUCUGAAUUAGAAAAACAGAAGGGGGUGGUGAGGCCCAGCAUGUCCCAGUGUUCUGGGUUGAAGAAGGAUACAGGUAAUGGGAACCUGAGCCGAGGAAGCCUUGACGACAGCUACGCCAUUGGUGAAGGUUUGAAGAGGAGCGCCCUCAGCAGCUCCCUCCGUGACCUCUCAGAUGCAGGCAAGCGUGGGAGACGCAGCAGUGCAGGAUCACUAGACAGCAAUAUGGAAGGGUCCAUCAUUAGCAGUCCUCACAUUCGGCGGAGAACUCCUUCCAGCCGAGACUGCCCAUCCCGCCACAGCGGCCAGUCCCUUCCCAAUUCCUCCUCUCUGCUCGGAUCUCUGUUCGGCACCAGACGGGCGAAGUCCCCCAGCCCGACCCCGCAGCCAGUGCACCCCACCCUCAUCUCCCACACCCCUCACCCCGCCAACUUGCACCACACAGCCCGGUCGGAGACAGACACGCCGGUCCCCAUGCACCCGCACCACGCCCAGUUCUGCCACAUCACCCAGAACCCCCCGCCUUACCACCACCACCACCACUACCACCCGCCGGCCCACUUGCAGCACCCUCCGCACCAGUACCACCCGACCCCCUCGCACGGCCAGCAGCCGCCCUUCCUGCCGCACGCACAGCACGGCCACAGUGGCCACCCGGCACACUCCUCCCACGCUGCUCAUGGCGCCCACCACCACGGCCCGCCGCCAGCACCCUCCCAGGCACCGAGCAGCACCAAGCCCAAGCACAGCGGCAUCAGCACGGUGGUCUGAGACACACAGGGGCUCUCUUUUCUGCUCUCUGACUGAACUUUGAUUUUACCCUGAGGCUCUCGGCUGAUGAUGGGCUGGGUAUGUGAAGCCAGAAGAGAUCCUGUGCCUCCUUUUUAAGCAUAUUUUCUUUACACCCGUGACAUGGGCAGAAUAUUCAGUAGAGACACUUUUCCUUCUCCAGUUGCUUCUUUCAUUUGAUUUCAAGUCACACUUCAUCGUCUGCUUGCUUUAACAGCAACGGACGCCGACAUAAGAGCAUGCACAAAGACCACAACUACUGUUUCUCCUCCACAAAUUAAAGAAAUAUGAUCAAAUAUCUCGCUUACAAGUAUUUUACAGAAGACGUAAACAGUAAUCUUGCAAAGUGAAUUCAUCUAGUGCAAGGGUAGCUAGACAGACAGAUAGACGGACAGUCAUCCUCAGCAGUAGCUGUACGAGUAUUUAAUGUAGCGUUAGCUCACAGUGCACUGUGAUAUCUCUGUUAGCAGUGAUCAAUGUGCCAAUUUACUAAUUUAGUCACAAAAAAAAUGCUUUAUGUAUAUUGUGCAUAGUAUUUUGUAACAAAUAAUAUCAACAGUUAUUAUUCUAAUUAUAAUUACUACAGAACAAAUGACAUCAUUCAAUCUCUCAGUAUUAUACUCGCACAUAGGGGGCGUAGUUUCACUGUUAAGAAAACAAUCAGAGCUUUUACUAGUUAGUUCAUUCAGUGAGCUGGAGCACUAUCUAUUGCCUUGAGUUAGAGCUCUUUUAAUGGAGUUGAAGGCUGAUGCAGACUCACACAGCAGCCCUGAUACAGUCUCCUCCAGUGACUGCACUCUCCUUCGGUCCAGAGUGGUCUCUGAGGAAGGAAGCCACAACGAGCCGCUGAACAAACAGAUCUAUCUAAACGUCCACCCUGCAGUACUGGCUGCCUGUCUGGCAUCAUUUUAUUUUUUUUAAACUAUUUUUUUAGAGUCCAACAAAACUAUGAAAAUGCUCUAUAUGUUUUUACAGCAAACCUGGUAGGAUUCUUUGAUUCUGUUCUGCAGAAGGAGGAGAUGGGGAGGUUUUUGUGUGUGUGUGUGUGUGUGUGUGUGUUUGUGUGUGUAGCAGGGAAACAGCAACAUGACUGUAACAGUGUGUCUCCUGAGGUGGAAGCUCUCAGCUGGCUGAGUUGUGACCUCUGUGUCCCUCUUGAGGUUUUAUUGUGCGUCUCUCAAGCGGCACGCCUGUUGUGCGGUGCUGUUUACUCCCUCCGUCUGACUUUUCUUUUUUUUCCUCUGAGCCACACGAACGACACAGUACAAAAAUCAAUAAUUAUCAUUCUGUGAUGGUGACAGCUCUCUUAUGCCUCACUCACCACAAAUGGCAGUUUUAUAUCAAGCAUUUUUCUGACAUAUUUAUGGGAUGGCUGGUUAUACCUCAGGGCCAUCCUGAUCACAGUAUCUAGUGUGUGUGUGUGCUGAGCGGUGGCAAGGGGGGGGCUGCUGUGCUGGAGCGUAUUUUAUAUUGAAAGCGAUAGACGCGGCACUUGUUUUAUUUAGUUAAUAUCAAUGGCAGAAGUUAGUCUGUAUCUGCUAAAGACUAUGAGAUGGAUUUUUUUAACAUGUAUGUGCAAUAUGUAUUUACUUUUUUUCUUUUGUCUCAGAACGGCUGCAAUCCGUGGCUGUUCUAUUUGCUAGUUCAGUUAGUUUUGUCUUUUUCACCCUUUGUCCUUCGUCAUUUCUUCCUCAGUGUUUCAGUAAAGUAUCCACGUGGAUUUUGGAGGGACUGCAUCUUUCUAAUUGAUAAAGAACGAUCGAAGAAAAAUACUAGCAUGUAACAAUGUAUUUGAGGCUAUUUUCUAACUGUUGUGUAUCCCAAAAAGCUAUAUCAAUGUUGAAGAAGAUAUUUGUUGAGAGUGAUUUAUUUGUACAACAAAAAAGAAAAAAGUUUUGAAUUGUUCCGACCCCCCAAAAACACAGUGCAUCAAUCGUUCGAAUCUCAAAGUAAUCACAGUGGGUGAGAUGAAUUCUUAGAGCGGGCGUAAUGAAAGUUGCUCUCAAAUCUGAGUGAUAAUAGACAGGCAGCUAUAAGUGUAAUAAAUGGAACUCUUUUAUCACCUUAUUUAUCACCUCUCCCUGGCAGUACAUUACUCUUUGCAAGUCAGUGUCAAGUAGAUCGCUGUUUUUCUUUCUGCAAAUUUUAUAAGGCACUCUUUUUAAAUGGUUUAUAAGUUUUAAUGAGAAUAGUUUACUUACGUCGGAGUUGGUUAACGUUAGUUUAAUUCAUGUUGAUCAGCUCGUUAAUUAAUCCUUAUGAGCAAGAAGAGUAACUUUUUGGUUGCCAUGUGCACAUAUUCCCUUUCCAACGAAUAAAAUCCACUGAGAAAAGACAAAAAGAUGCUGUUUCCCCAGCACAUUUUGUAUAUUUCUUGAUUCUGGAUGUCUUAUAGCCAUCCUUUUUUUUAAGCUAGAAUUUACUAAACAGAUUAACAGUCCUCAGCAUGUGGGUAGCCUACCACCUCUAAGUGUAGAAACCACAGUAGGAGGUAGCUAAAGACAUGAAGAAGAAACCAAAAUAACUCUAAUGAUCUGAAAUGUACAUUCUUUUCAUCUUAAAAUCAUACGUUAAGUAAAAAAAGCCAUUUCUUAAAACCUAUAAACCCUCUAUGAAGUGUGCCUUAUUACAAUGGUACUGUUUUAAAAAA